AUGAGCCGGCGGCCGUUUGAGCUACCUCGCACACCCUCGCCCGGCUACGUGCUGCAUGAGAAGCAGACAGGAACGCCGGGCUCGACGCACAGCGCCUAUGUGCCGCCCGAGAACAGCCAGCGCGUGACGAUCGGGCGCGCGGUGCGCCAACUGCUGGGAAGCAUCACCGCCUCGCCCUUCCCAUGGCGCGCCGACCAGGAUGCGGAGCGCUCGCUGCAGAUCCUGCUGGAAGAGAGCGAUCACGAAAUUGCGAUCGUGGUGUACGAGUGCCUCUGUGUCAUUGAGCUCUUUGAAAUUCCUUCGAUGGACGCGCAGCACGCCGUGGCCCAGCUGCAUCGACUCUUGUGCCUGGUGCGCGUGCUCGAUGCGUGCCUGGUGCGGUACUGGGCAUCGGCAGAGAUCGCGCCGCUCGCCGACGGCCUCGCGGCGCGCCUCUUGGAGACCGCCCUGGCGCUCAUGCAGCCGCUGCUGCGCCACGAAAUAAGCGCGCUGCCGCUCGGCGCGAUCGACGCGCCGCACAGCGCACCGAUUACUCCGGAAGCCGAGCGCAUGCGCGCGUUCUCGUUUGGAUGGCGCGAUACAGAGUCGCUGCGCGAACGUGAAUGCGAAUAUGCCAUGCUCGACGUGAGCGAGGCGGUACAGAGCGACAUUGCGAGCACACGCGCCUUUUUUGUGCUGGAGAGCACGCCGAUGCCGGCGCCGAUCGCUUUUCCGACGCCAGCAGACGCGAGCGACGCGCCUCCGCUCGUCGUCGCCGCCUACCUCUACCGCUCGCUGAGCCGGCUGGUGUACUUUUUGAGCACCACGAACCACGACAUGGUCUUUGGGCGCAUCCGCACGGCCAUCACCCAGGCCCCCGUGACGCACGACGAGCGCCGCACCGCCGCCGAGAUCCGCCUGCUGGAAUGCGCCAACGUGCACCACCACGACCUGACCAAGCUCCUGCCGUUGAUCGGCACGAGCUUAAACGCGCUGGGGAAGCGCCCCUUGUACGCGGUCGUCUGCGUCGCGCUCCGCCGCGCGAUCGUCAGGGCGACGGUCUACCAUCCGCACGAAACGCCGGCACUCGAGAGCGAGGCAUACGCCACGUUCGACGCGCUGUACAGUGCAGCAGACUCGAUGCGCAGGCGCUACCUCUUGUGGCCGAUGCUCGCCGCACUCUUGUCGCUGUGCCCGAUGGCGCACGGCGCACUGCUGCAUGUGCGCACGCGGCUCGAGGUACACUCCAAGAAGGCAUCGUUCCUCGAGGCGCUGCAGAACCAGCUCACCUCGCCCAAGCUCGGCGUACUCGCCGCGUACUCGCUGGUGGUCUGUGCGCGGCUCCUCUCGUACCGGCCCGGAAAAGAGACGCGCGCUCUUGCCGUGUCGAUCGUGUCGCCGGUCGCGACGCGCGCCAUGGACUGGGCACGGAACGCGCGGCUGCUUUCGCUGAGCGAGGCGCGCCUGCUGAGCGAGCUCGUAGCGACGCUCGUCUUUUUGGACUGCCACACGGUCGCGAUGCAGAUCGUGCAGCCGGCCGUGCAGUGCAGCGCAGGCGCCCUCUGCAUUAUCCACGCACUCUACACCAUCGCAAGCCACCGCCGCUGGGACGAUCGCCUGUCGACCUAUGCGCCCAUCUUUCGCGCGCACCUCCGCACGGCCGCGCACGGCCGCGAGCGCCGCAUUUGGGUGAGCGCGCUGCACCCCCUCGACGCGUCGCUGGAGCAGGCAUUCUUUUACGCGGUGCUCCAGCUGGCGAUGCUCGAGCCGCAGAUCCUGCUGCAAGGUGAGCAGGGCGAGGACCUGCUUGCUGUGCUCCUGCGCAUCCCGCCCGGCGCGACAUUUGCGCCGCUGCACCACAUCACCGCACGCUUCUUGUAUACCCACGCCACCAGCGAGAUGGCGCUCGCGCUGCGGCCGUCCGAAGGCGCGCUGAUUCAGAGCGCGGCCACGCGCGUCCUCCAAGCGGAUUCGUACGCCUCGCUGUGGCACGAAGUCCACGCCAUGUCCUACCUGGUGCGCCGCACACGUCCAGGCGCGCUCGAUGCGGAGCUGAUGCAUCAUACCUGUCUUGCGGCCACGGUCUACGCACUGUGCAUGCUCGACAUGCCGGUCCAUCGCGCCGCACACGAGCUCGCGCAUGCAAUCGGCACGCACAUCGCCGACCCCUCCCCGCAUCUGCCGCUCGUCCAGAUCUUUCGCACGCUGCCGCGGCUCGCGCCGCCCGAGGUCACCGCCGAGCACGUCUGUGCAUCGGUACGGCACACGCCUGCGGCGCGCGUCGCAUGGAAUGCGGUCCUGGUCGUCUGGCAGCCGUUCGUCCGUCAGAGCGGCAACGAACGCGCAAUGCGCCUCUAUGCCCGCUUCCUCGCGACGACCGCCGACGCGGAGUGCACGGCGAUCGUGCCGCCGCUUGCGACGCUCGUCUUGCGUGGCGACGCCGCAGCGCGCGACACGGCCGCGAUCCUCCUCGCCAAAAUCCCUUCGAAGCUCGUCUUGCUCACGGCGCAGCGCGUGCGCGAGACUAGCAUUCCGGACACACGCGCAGCCGCAGGCUUGUGGCUCGCGAUGCUCGAAGUGAUCGCGGCACGCUCUGACCUCCCGGCCAGCGCCGAGCUCGCGGAUAUGCUCGCACAGUGCGCAGAACGCGCAGCACCGGCGACGCACCCCGAGGCACGCGUAGCAGUGUGCCGCAUCGUGCUCGUGCUCUGUGCGGACGAAGCAGCGACUGCGCGGGGCGCACUCGCCUUGCGCAUCCUGCCGUGGACCGAUGCGCCGCAGGCAAGCGUCCGCCGCGCCGCAGUCCAGGCGCUCGUCCCUCUGACGCACGGCACCAUUGUCGUGAAUGACGCCAUGGACGAGUCGCAUGCGGACGCCCUGCGCCGCCGUAUCGCCCUCUAUGUCCACGGCCUGCUGCGUGCCGUGCGCCGCUCGGACGACGCGACGGAUGCCGAGACUGCGAUCAAGGCACUGACGCAAAUCCUGCGCACGCACCCCACUUAUAUCCAGACCGAGGCGCCGGCGCUGGUUCUGCGCGCCCACCCCGCCGAGCGUGCGGCGCUGCUGCACGCAUGUGCGGCCAUCUGGCCCGUGAUUCCCGCCGAAGCGGGCAAGCACGAACCGCUCAUUUCCCACGACGUGGCACACGCGCUGGUGUGCGCAUGCACGAGCCAGGCGCCUGCGCUAGAAGAGGCGCUGGCGGGGGUCGUCGACGACGAGUGUGCGCUGGUGUGCAGCCUGCUUGGCACGGAGAUCGAGUCGUGCACGAGCGAGGAUCUGCUGCUGCGCAGCAACUCGACGCGGCUCUCGGUCGCGACGGCCUACCUGCGCCGCUUUUCGUAUUCGGACAUUCGCAUCAUUAUUACGCAAAUCGUUGGGCACAUUGCCGCGCUCCCGACGGUGCUGAACGCGGAAACGGAGCAAGGGCGUGUGUGGCUCUUGGCUACGACUGACUGGGUGAUUGGGCAGCUGAGCGUCACGGCGUCCGGCACGACCAAUCUCGUGCGCCGCGUCUGCGCCGCGGUGCGCGCGCAUACGGCACGUCACUUUUCGAGCCGCACUGCGCCGUACCGUGCGCUGGCUGCGCUCAUGAUGCUGCGUGUGCUCGGUCCUGCACUCGCGACGCCCGAGUCGAUCGGCGUCAAGCUGCCUGAGCGCGCGACGCUCCGCCGCGAGCUCGUGCUCCUAAGCAAGGUCCUCCUCGCACUCGCACAAGGCGGUUUUCCCAAGCACCGCGACGCGCACCUUACUGCCUUGAAUCCACACCUGAAAGGGCCCCAGCGCGAUCUCAUCGCGGUGCUCGACAAGCUCUGUGAUCCAGACGAAGGCAUGGCUCUGCCGGUGGUCCACCGCCCGCCGCUGGCGGACCGCGCGUAUCUAUACACAUGCCUUGCCGAGCAUGCCGAGGCGAUUGUGCAGCGCCACCCGGGCCUCGCGAACGACGUGCACCGUACGCUGGCGGUCCUUCCGCCGCCUUCGCGCGAGCUGCGCCUGCAGCGUGCACUGCACUCGGACGCGACAAGUGCAUACGAGACGCUGAUGCGCGCGCACAGCGGGCGCGACACGUCUGCCUUGCAUCGCAUCGUGUACGAAACGCACAUCGACGGCCGUCGCAUCGUGAGCUUUGUUGCUGCGCGCCUCCCGGUCAGUCGCACGGACCUUGCGCUGCUGGCGUACCACACGCUGCACAUCCUCGGAUCGGGUGGCCCGUGCGACAUGCUGCUCGACAUGUCACUCGCGACGAGCGCCAACCUACCGCCGAUGCAGUGGGUGGUGUACAUGCUCUCGGUUGUCCCCCGCGCCGUGCUCGCCCAGGCACGCUCACUUGUGGUUCUCAAUGCGAGCACGCCCUUGCGCCAGUUCCUCCGGGCUUGGACCGAGCUCGAGUGGCCGGGGCGUGUCGUCUUUGCGACGUCUCUUGCCGAAGUCUCGCCGCUCGCGCCGGCUGAUGCGCUGCCGUCGGCGACCUAUGCUUUGCUGCAGUGCCCGCCAGAGCACGAGUGGUCCGUGUCGCUGCACGAUGGCCGCCUCGCGCCGAUCAUGGCGACGCUCAAGGUGUGCGACUCGCAUCUCGUCAUCACGUCGACGCAGCCCGUUUCUCUCGGCAAGCUGAGUGGCCGAACGUGCGAUAUCAUUGCACUGAGCGGCGUAUACGUCAUGGUCGAAGGCUCCGUGCUUGUCCUGGAUGAAAAGGCGUGCACGCUGUACGUGGGCUCGUCCGAGGCCCCGCGCAUCGGCGAUGUCGUGCGUGCGGCCCAAGCGCGGCGCGGUGUCGUGCUCGGCGCACCGCUGCGCUCGCCGCCGCGCUCGCCGAAGGCCGUGCUGCACGGCGCGGCGCUCUGGCACACGGCCGCCGAGCAAGUAUCGGCUCGCUCUGCUGCCGCGGCGCUGCUGCGUGCGGCCGGCGGCGAAAACGGGAUCUUGCCGGCGUACACGUUGCCACAUGCGAUGCCGGCGCCGCCCGUGCCGAGCGCAGCGUACGCGUAUGCGAUGAUUCUCACGACGCUCGACCUGUGUGCGGCGUGCGGCAGCGACGCGUGUGUUGCGCUGACCUAUGUCGCGCCGCUACUGGCACGCGUAAACCAUGCACCGCACGUCGACCUGCGCGCGCUCUUUACCUCGGCGCUGAUGGUCUGGGCGGCGAUUCCGACGCUCCGUGCAACGCUUUCGACCGGUUUCUGGGCGCCGCUGCAGUACGCGCCGGAUCUGUACAAUGGUCUUUUGGAUGCGUGCUUAGACGUGACGCCGAUGCAGAGCGCGUCGAGUAUGCUGCAUGCCGUACUCGACGCGCUCGGCGCGGUCAACGCGCCGCCGCUGCACAUGCUUCUCCUCCGCCGCAUCCAGCAGUCGCUCCAAGAGCCGCUGCCGGUGUGGCGCAAGGUCGACGUGCUCGUGCACCUCUUGGCCGUGCAGAUCCUCACGCCCGGCACGCCAGUGCAGCCGCAUUUGCCUUCGCUCCUUUGCUUUAUCCUGCUCCUUGCGCACCGCAUGCCGUUCUUGAACGAAGGCAUCGCACGCACCGCGCACAAUACCCUUUACGUGCUGCAGCGCGAGACCAAAAGCACCGCCUACGCCCUUCUUUUGCCGAAGCUCGCCGCGUCGAUCGCCGAGGGCGAGGGCGACCACGACCACGCCACAGUCAACGACACGGCCGGCACGGCGCUGACGGCAGUGGCGUGCGAGAUCCUUGCACUGGCCGCACCGGAGAGCGAGCCGGAGCUCGUGCGCCUGGUCGCCGACUAUGCGGCGCGCGGCGGCGUGCAGGCACAGGCUUUCCGCGUGCUCAGCUCGCUGCACGGCGCGGGUGUCGCCGAGGCGCACCUCGCCGUGCAGGCGCUCGCCGAGGUGCAUCGCCCGGCCGUUGCAGGCGCAGCCGCACUGUGCAGCGCGUCGCUGAUGGAGUGCAUUCCCCACAUGGUCCCUGCGCUGUUCUGGGCGGGGCUCGCGAUGGUACAGUCGGGCGACAAGUCGCUGGCAAUCCCCGGCUUGUACCUCGCCCAAACCGCGGCCGAGCGUCUGCCGGCGCGCGAUGCUGAUACACUGCUCUCGACGCGCCGCACGAGCGAGGCGUACGCGCUUGAUGCGGCGUACGGCGUCAACGCCGACCGCGACCUGGGCUUUGCCUUGGCCACGGUGCUCUACCGCCCCCUCACCGCGCCGGGCACGGCCCGUAUCACGCAAAAGCUGCUUGUCCGGCUGCUGAUGCUCUUUGCGUCGCCUGACGGCAGCGUUGACAGUCGCCAGACGGGUAUCCUACUCUUGCUGUGCCUGUCGGACCCUACGAAUGCAUCGUCCUACGUGCAGGCCGCGCGGCUCGCGCCGAGCGUCGCCGAGGCGUGGCGUGCCGCGCCGCAGCUGCCGUCGGGCAGCGCCGCGCUGCUGGCCGUGGGCCUCGCGGCAGCGCUCCUACGGUACGUGCCGUCCCCCACGCUGCAUCCCCUCUGUGCCUAUUUGGUGCGCGCGGGCGAGGCCAACGUCGCCUGUGCCGCUCUCCUCCAAGGGCCGCUCGCCGUGUACUGGGCCGGGGAAGACGCCGUAUCGAUCCCCGCACUGCGCACGCUGCAGCGCCAGAGCUCCAAUGCGCCUGGUGCCAGCGCACAGCUCCUUUCGCAGCUGGGCUUCCCCGCCCUGAUGCCGCACGCCGCGCCGGACGCUCCAGCGGCUUCCGCCGCGUGGCUCCGCCGCCUCGUGGCGCUUCUGUAG